AUGAAUUACUAUAUUAAUAUAAUCAAAGAUAUCGCAAAUCAAGAUACAAUAAAUUCACAAGAAUUAAAACAGGCUAUAAAAAAUUUGGAAGAAGCCUAUUCAAUUGAAAACAAUCAACCAUUAGUACUUAAUAAUCUAAUUAAUGGGGCACUUCCCCAUUUUGAUAUACAAUAUUAUUUUCAAAUUAGAAAUGAUAACUCAAUUUAUUAUUUUUCAUAUGAAAAAACUUUUUUUGAACCAUUGGAUCAGUUUUUUUCUAGUAUUCCUAACCACCCUUAUAGAUUAAAACAAGAAGACAUGUCAAGUAUUAAAAAUAAGAAAUCUGCAGUUUAUGUUAUAUAUUGUCCAAUUAAAGAGCCAAAUUAUUCAGAACACAAAAAUUCAAUAGAAAAAUAUCAACAGAAUUUUCAGAGGUUGGUAAUAUUAUUAUUGGUUGCAAACCCAACUCGGUCUUUAUUUAAAUUAGAAGGAUUCCACGGUAAUGUUAUCAAUUUACAAAUAACUCUUAAUAAAAUUGAAAAUAAUGACUUCAACAAAGAAUCAUUAAAUAAAUUUAAAAAGAUUAUCAAAUAA